GCACAGCUUCCUGGGGGCUCAGAACCCCUCCCCAGGAGCUCCUGCCUGCUCAUUUAUUUCCUCCCUACUCAGGGUAGAAAUGCAUGAGUGAGUAGAGAGCCCUUAGAAGCCCUUACCCACCAAUGUAUCAAGCUUCUCGCAGGCCUGAUAACCCUAGGACCUAUUGUCUGACCUAGUACAGCUGGAGAGCUCUAGAAAAAAAGUCCAUCUGAAUGUAAGAGCUAUUGGCAAGCCCCAGGAUGGAAAGUGAGUACCUAAGGAGGUGCUUUGGAAAUUCCCUGACCCAGGCACUGGUGGAAGUGGCAAAAGUUCGGCCCAGCGACCCAAUAGAAUACCUGGCACACUGGCUUUAUCAUUGUAGGAAAACAACUAGAGCAAGAGAAGAGAACAGGCAGGAGAAGAUCCAACUGAAGGAAGAAUAUGACAGUAGCUGCAGGGAAAGGGAAAUGACAGAAAUGCUGAAGCAAGAAGAAUGGCAGAUGCAUCAGAAGUGUAAGUGUGGCAAGGAACUGUUUUCUGAAACUGUUUCGUCCAAGAAGACUGUAUUCAUGCAGGAGGACACGAAACCCCUUGAGAAGGAGGCCUUGGAGCAGGAAUCCCUGCGAGGUGCUCCCAGUGUGAUUCCAGGAGAGCCUCAGCAGGCCUCUCCUUCAGAGUCUGCUGGCCAGGCUGACUGGAAGCCCCCAACUCCACAAGAACUAAAUCACCAGGAAGCUCUUCAGUAUGAAGUGGCCUAUGAAAUGCCUUCUGGCUCCAAAUCUCCUCCCUAGAUGGUUCUGAAAUUCUUCCCUAAAAGCUGGAAGCUAGAGGAGCUCUUACUUAACCCAAGAUUUGAGGAUCUGUAAAAGUUGGCCUCUGUAGGGACUCAUCCCCCCCACCCUCACCCCCUGUCUUAAUCUGAUAGCCAUGAAAACCCCUUAAUCAUGUGAGGAUUUGAACUAGUUAUAGGAUCAAAUAAACUGUGAAUAAGGAUUUAAAAUAAGUAACUAAA